AUGUCCUCUGGGGGUGAGAUUUGUCGUGUCCCUUUGUAUGCACUCGCCAAGAUGAACACUCCCAAGUUCGAUCGUGUCAAAGACAGCGCGAAUAUUUUACUUUUAAAAGAAGCGAGUGUCAUGCAUAAUCUUUGUCUGAAGUAUGGAUCUAAAGCUAUCCAUCGACAGGAUGGGAAUCCUCCUCGUAUCUUCUUCAAGGUUACCGAGUCUGCAUGGGUUGCUAAAGAUGGGGGAGAGCACGAAAAUCAGAGUAUUCUUAUAACGUUGGCUAUCCUUACAUUUCGUUUGAACAAGGCUUCAUCACGCACUACGCAAACACAGUCAAGUAUGGCACCGACGGGUGGUUAGAGAAGAAUAAGGACCCC